AGUGUUUACAUUACAAAACCCUCUUUAGCCUUUAGUCUUUAGUCUUCUACUCUUGGCUCUUCCAGUCUUCUUCUCUUCCCAGUCCACCGCCUCAAUAUCUGUGUUCUCAUCCAUCUUUAGUCUUAACUCACCCCUUUUAUCUCUCUUCAUUUUCAACUUCCAUUUCCCAAGAAACCUUUUUUUUGUUGUUCAAAAUCCAAAAAUAAAAAACAACUCUUUUACUUAUAAAUAAAAUCCCUCAAGUACUAGAAAUUUUAUUUAGAUUUAGAAGUGCACACGCUUCUAAAUCCACCAAAAAAUCAUAAAAACAAUUGAAAUGGAUUCUUCUGCCUCCCCAUCCCCAGAUCAUAGCUGGCUUGCUUUCUCUCUUUCCAACCAAUAUUAUCCUCCUCCUCCAACAACUACAACAACACCAUCUCAACAACAACAACAACAACAACAUCAUUUUUCCCUUUUCCAACAACAUCCUCAUCUGUUUAUUCCCUCUCCUCAUCCACCACCUGUUGAUGAUGAUGGUGCAAGCAAUAAUUGUACUACAAAUCAUCAUCACCAUGAAUUAUCCUUCCUCGGCGCUGGUGGCGAGUUGCUACAGGUGGGCUUGUUUCCGACACCGGAAGCGGUAACUGUGGCAAGCAGUGGUGGUGGUGGUGGUGGAGGAGUGUAUGAGCCGAAAGCGGCGGCGACAGGAAACUUGUUAGAAGGGUUUAUCACAAAUAAUGGUGAACAUCAACACCAGCAAGUGCAAGAAGCUGUAGUUGAUGUUAACAACAAACAACUUGCGGUGGUUGCUGCUUCUUCCAACAAUAGGAAAGUUGUUGAGGGUUUUGGCCAAAGAACAUCAAUUUACCGUGGUGUUACUAGGCAUAGAUGGACAGGGAGAUAUGAAGCACAUUUGUGGGACAAUAGCUGCCGAAGGGAAGGCCAGAGCAGGAAAGGCCGUCAAGUGUACUUGGGUGGAUAUGAUAAGGAAGAAAAAGCUGCAAGAGCUUAUGAUUUAGCUGCUCUUAAAUAUUGGGGUCCAACUACUACCACAAAUUUUUCAAUAUCUGACUAUGAGAAAGAGCUUGAAGAAAUGCAGAAUAUGAGCAGGCAGGAAUUUGUGGCUUCACUUAGAAGGAAAAGUAGUGGGUUCUCUAGAGGAGCAUCAAUGUACAGAGGUGUCACAAGGCAUCAUCAGCAUGGAAGAUGGCAAGCAAGGAUCGGAAGGGUAGCCGGAAACAAAGACUUGUACCUUGGAACUUUCAGUACUCAAGAAGAAGCUGCAGAAGCCUAUGACAUAGCAGCAAUAAAAUUCCGUGGUCUAAAUGCCGUGACAAAUUUCGACAUUAGUCGUUACGACGUAAAGAGCAUAAUUUCGAGCAACCUUCCGGUGGGUGGAAUGUCGAAUAAAUCAAAAUCAAUAUCAGAUCACGAAGAAAUCAAAACAAUAGAACACAUUAAGCCGGAGUUGCCACUAAUCGUUUCCCCUCAUCAGUCAUCAACCACCAUGAACCACGACUUCAUGGGGAUACCCAUAAAAUCAGACUCGUCAUCACAAAAUUACAACUGGCCCGCCCUCGAGCCAGGUGACAACAAUGAGGCACUUGGGUAUGCGAGUUUUGGGUAUGUCCAACAACAACCUUAUAGUAAUAGUAAUGGUAAUGGUAAUGGUAAUAACGACACGAGCGAAGGCUAUAAUGGGUAUGAAGUAAGUGGUAACAAUGAAAACAAUAGCAAUGAUAGGGGUGUUACUGUUAGUAAUAGUUGGAUUGUUACACCAAAUUUGCAUUCAUUGCAAAGCCCCAAACAAAAUGUUACAGUUUUACAGACACCAAUUUUUGGCAUAGAAUGAAAUUAGUAGAGAUGUGAGGGAAUCAGUGCAGAAAUUGGAAGGAAGUAAAAACUGAGACAGUUGCAGAUUGGUUUAGUUUUUGUUCAUGUGAGGAUAAGAACAGGUGAAUGAGGUUAAAUUUUGCUUUCAAAGUUUGAAUUAUAAUUUGGUAAGACUGACAAUAUCAACUUUGACUGGAAGCUGAUGAAUUAUAAUUGCUGACAUUUUUGUGUUUUGUCUGUUUUUUUGUAACUAGGACACAUGAUUCAGUAUCUUGGCUUUUUCCUAGCUCCUGUUAUUGGAUUCACUUUUAGCUUAUUUCAGGUUAUGUAUAAAUGGAUACUCCUAUAAAUUACUCCAUUUUAUGACAUCUAGUUUUAUGUAUGUAUGAAAUAUAUAGUACUGGUAAUAAUUUUGUGAACAA